UCCAGCUGCCCGGCACCAACAUGCUCGCCCUGGAGGCUGCACAGCUCGAUGGGCCACACUUCAGCUGUCUGCAGUACCCAGAUGGCGUCUUCUACGACCUGGACAGCUGCAAGCACUCCAGCUACCCCGACUCAGAGGGGGCUUCUGACUCUCUGUGGGGCUGGGCCGAGGCCCCCCCUGUCCCAGCCACCUCCUAUGAAGGCUUUGACCCAGCAAUGGCCACCUAUGGUCAUCCCUCAGCUGCCCAGCUCUGCUAUGGACCCUCAGCCUACAGUCCUGCAGGGAAUCUGGACCCAGCUCCCAGCCUGGAGGCCUCUGGGCCCAGCCUCCCAGCAUACCCCAGCGAGGACUUCACCAGCCAGACUCUGGGCCCCCUGGUGUGUGCCCCGUACCCCAGCCCAGUGCUGUCAGAGGAGGAAGACCUGCUGCUGGACAGUCCUGCCCUUGAAGUCUCAGACAGCGAGUCGGACGAGGUCCUCAUGACUGGCCCUGAAGGAAGGGGAUCCGAGGCAGGGGCCCGCAAGAAGCUGCGCCUGUACCAGUUCCUGCUGGGGCUGCUGACGCGCGGGGACAUGCGCGAGUGCGUGUGGUGGGUGGAGCCGGGCGCCGGCGUCUUCCAGUUCUCCUCGAAGCACAAGGAGCUCCUGGCGCGCCGCUGGGGCCAGCAGAAGGGCAACCGCAAGCGCAUGACUUACCAGAAGCUGGCGCGCGCGCUCCGCAACUACGCCAAGACCGGCGAGAUCCGCAAGGUCAAGCGCAAGCUCACCUACCAGUUCGACAGCGCGCUGCUGCCGGCCGCCCGCCGGGCCUGAGCGCACCGAGCCUCGCCUGUGGAGCCGCUUGGGGACCUCAUGGCUCAGCCAGGACCCCUCCAGAGUCCCUGGGUCACCUUGGCGUCAUGGCACUCUAGGACAUAGGAUCCAUGGAUCCCUACAUUUGGGGUGGGGGCUGCCACAAUCCCUAAGCCCUGCCCAGGGCCCCUCUAGGACUCCCCAGUGUGUUUCUGGGACUCUUUUGUCAUGUACAGGAUCCCCCAGGAUCGUCAUGUUUUGAGUCACAGGACCUAUGGACCACUGUAUUGUGUGUGGCAGGCAGGGGGGUGGGGCAUGGGCAGUGUGUCCAGAAUUCCAAGAACUUCUGGGGGAUUCCCCUUAUGUCUGAGGUCCCCUCCAUCCAGGCCAGUCACCUCUUUGAAGCCCCUUGUGUGUCUGUGAACCUUCAAUCUCAUCAGAUCAUCACACCAGGAGGGGGUGCUUCCAGAAACCUUAAACCCUGGGGUGGGGCGUGGGGUCCCUUUGGGAUCCCCUUCUCAAUUCUGGAUCCCUGUUGUCAGAUCUGAGGUCCCCUGGUUACGUCUAAAGCCCUCUGUGGAACCCUUUAUCUUCCCAGAUCUCUGUCCAUCUAUGGUUCUUGUCACUCUGUACCCCCAGAUCCCUUUGCCGUUUUUGAGAUCCCCUGUUCUAUGGAAUCACUCUACUAUCACUUUUGAGGGGCGGGGGGGGGGAGUCUGGAACUCUCUAAUCACAUCUACAGCCCCUUUGUGA